UUAUACUAGUUGUAUCACCCGACUUUGUCUGGGAAAAAUUGAAUCCACCUAAAAUGCGGUGCUACGUAUAUUGGCGUAUUUCGAUAAUAGAUAUCAUAAAGUCGUAAAAAAAUACAUUUCAACUAGGUACUUGUUAUUGUACUGAAAAAAAUGAAACUAAAUUUUUUCGAUAACCCAAUUUAUAUAAUCAGGUAAAUAUUUAGCUUUAUAAAAAUCGGUGUUUUUCAUACAAAUCUGAUGCAUUAAAUUUUUAAACUAUGUAUGUAUCAAAAUUUAUAUUAAUUUAUAGUUUAUAACAGGGUCUGGAACCGAACCUAAAAGAACCGGCUCUGGAACCAGAUCCUUUAAUAUAUUAAGAACCGGAACCGGAACCGAAACCUUUAUUUUAAUAAAUAAAUACCGGAACCAAACUGUAAUUUUUUUAAUUAAAUAGGUUUUUUAGGUUCAAAAAUAAAAUAAUUGUAUUUAUCAUAAUUUAAUGGUAUUUAAUGGUAUAAACUAUGUAUGAUUAUAUGAGUUUUCAAAUAAUUCUCAUACUAUUAAUUAAACCCGCAUUCCGGAUAGGUAUUUAAAAUUAUUAUACUUUUCGUAUUCUAAAUUAUCUAGAACCAGUACCGAAAUUAUUUGGAACCGAUACCUUUAUUUGAUAUCAUAAUCGAACCGGAACAGUUAUUUUAUUUUUGGAGGACCAGUACCGAACCGAUACCGAUAAAUUCAAAAGGUUCCAGUCCCUGGAUUAUUAUUUCAUUAUUUACGACCUAGUGCGUAAACGAUUGUUUGUAGUAUGUAUUUCUCUCAAACAUACACAAACACGUUAUUUUAUGGGUAUGUGGGCUGGUGGGGGAGUGCCAAAUAGUGCGCGCCGGUGGGGCCGCUUCUAUGCACUAGGUGGUGGAAACGACUGCACGACCUGCACCACUGUUACAAGAGCGAACAAUAAGGCCUAUGAAAUACCUCGUGGAGGGUGUAAAGUGUAUCAGAGACCGCCGACCAGUGUGCAUUCCGUUUUCAUUUUUGUUCCAGUUCACCAGUGUAUCUGUCUUCAUGUAAGACGUUUCUUUCGCAUAUCCAGAUAUUUUUAUUUUAUUUACACCAUUUGUUUGCCAUACAUUUUCUUCGUUUUCUCUAAUGAUCUGCAUUUAUAAAAUCGUUAUGGCGUCGACGCUUAUAUUAAUAAUAUCAACUAUCACCAUCGUUUCUAUUACCGGCCGCGAUGCAGUUGACUUAGAUACCGAUAAGAAAUUGGUAGAAAUGGAAGGUUGCCCUUACCUAGAAAAUGGUGAGCAUGCAGUUACUGUUAAGGGUUCAGUUUCAGCGCUGAUCAGUGGGUGUGGCCACAUAAACUACAAUUCUAGUGACGUAAAGCCACAAACAUAUAGCUUGUGGUUCGAAAAUAAGCAUCAUGUUGGGCCACAUUGUACUGAACAUGGUAGAGAAUAUUUUCAUUUUUACUGUAUAUCAAAACCUCCCUCACCGUCGGCAGACAUCAAAAAGGGACGUAUGUUUAUAAGCAAAGUAUGGCCAUACGAUGAAGGUGCCAUAAAUACGGAAAGUCACAGAUGUGCCUUGUAUGAGAAGAUCGACGAUUACAACCCGACGCUCCGAAUGGCUAUUGGCAAAGGCUCUUCGUGCGACGGUUUAUCAGAUAUGCUGCAUCACCCGGAGGUGAUUCCUUGGAACAUCAAUGGGAACCUGUUGAUAGUAAUUAACACGAACAGAUCCGUCACAACCACUGCAACAUCUACCAAGUCAAUGCCAUCGAUAUCCAAGCGGUACGAGGGACGGGGGUACAUUCCACAGAAUUUUGGGAACCGAUCAAACUCAUUUCACAGGAAGAUACGCGAAACUAAAGACGAUGACAAAAUAACACGACAUGCCGUACAAAUGACAAGUGAUGGAGAUGACAGACAUGGUGCAGUUACGGACCUCGCCAGUUAUAAUGAUUUGCGCUCCAAGGCAAAUGUUAUUCCAACAUCAAAACCUGAUGUUAUAGUGUUAGCAGGUUCAAAUCCUUUUGCCCUGCUUCUUGCAAAUCGUGUGCAUAAUAAUCAAACAGGUUCUAUAAAACCACUUGGCCUAUGGGACACGAUUGUGAAAAUAUUUAAUAAUUAAUUACUUAUAUCAUUCGAAGUAUUCAAUGCAAAUUUGCAUACUAUUUUAUAUUAUUUAUUUUUAUAAUAUAUGUAUUUAUAUGUUUCUAAAUUAAACAAUAAAGACUCUCGGAA